AUGGAUUUUCAAGUCGUCGUUCUCGCCGGCGGCGUCUCCAAAAAACUCGUCCCUCUCGUUUCAAAGGAGCUUCCGAAUGCUUUACUUCCGGUGGCGAACCGUCCGCUUCUUUCUUAUGUUGUCGAGCUUUUGGAGCUUAGCAACCUUAAAGAUCUCAUCGUGGUAGUUGAAGGUCAAGAUGCUGCUCUUAAUGUUGGGGCUUGGAUUUCAGGAGCUUAUGCCGAUCGCCUCCAUGUUGAGGUUGCUUCUGUUCCUGAGGACGUUGGAACAGCUGGUGCAAUUCGAGCAAUUGCGCGUCACCUAUACGCAAAAGACAUUUUGAUUGUAAGCGGUGAUCUUGUUUCUGAUGUGCCGAUUGGUGCUGUUGCAGCUACUCAUCGACGGCAUGAUGCAGUUGUCACUGCUUUGCUUUGUAAUUCUCCUAUAAGUGGACCUUUAGAGUCAGUGUCCUCUGGUGGGAAAGACAAAACCAAGAAACCUGGCCGCUAUGAUUUGAUAGGGCUGGACCCUACGAAACAGUUUUUACUUCACAUAGCAACUGGAGCUGAAGUUGAAAAAGAUCUUCGAGUUCAGAAGAGCAUACUCCGUGCUGUUGGCCAGGUAGAAAUAAGAGCUGAUCUAAUGGAUGCCCACUUGUAUGCAUUCAAAAGAUCAGUUCUACUAGAAGUUCUAGAUCAGAAGUGUGAAUUUAAUAGCUUAAAACAUGAUUUAUUGCCAUAUCUUGUCCGCAGCCAACUGAAAUCGGAAGUAUUAUUAAAUGGAACACCGCAAGCAGAAGAAAAUGGAACUGAGAAGGGUAUUUCUCAAAAGAAUCAACAAAUGUUAUCUCAAAUACUUGCUAAUGCAUCUGAGCCAACAUUUCAUCUACGUCAUGCACUUAGUACUAAUGGUUCUGACUCUGUUCGAAGAACCCAUAAAUGCUGUGUCUAUAUUGCCGGAAGUAGCAAGUACUGUGCUCGGCUGAAUUCUAUACAAGCAUACAAUGAUAUAAACCGGAAUGUGAUAGGAGAAGCUAGUCAUUUGUCAGGGUAUUCCUUCUCUGCUCAUAACAACAUUAUCCAUCCCACUGCAGAGCUUGGGGCAAAAACAACUGUAGGACCACAUUGUAUGCUGGGGGAAGGCUCGCAGAUGGGUGACAAAUGCAGUGUAAAACGAUCUGUCAUUGGCCGCCACUGUAGGAUAGGUGCCAAUGUUAAGGUUGUUAAUUCAGUAGUUAUGAACCAUGUUACUAUCGGUGAUUUUUGUUCAAUCCAAGGUUCUGUCAUCUGCAGCAAUGUACAGCUCCAAGAACGUGCAAUACUAAAAGAUUGCCAAGUUGGAGCAGGUUUCGUGGUCACUGCAGGUAGUGAAUGCAAAGGGGAGGUAUUGGCUAAGAAAUGA